UGUGGCAGAAAGCCUGGCGCAUGCGCAGUACAAGCACUGUAAGCGGCGCCCCGCCCACAAACUACUACAACUUCCGGCAGUCUCCGCGCCCGCCUCAGGCGCGUCGCGGGUUGCUGACGUAAUGCAGUAGCGCGGGGAAUUUCGAGUGGUAUUGGAGCGCCAGAGGCUAGUGGGUGGCGGACCCCUAGCAUCUUCGGGAGAGACCAUGGACUCCCUGGCCGAGCCUCAGUGGCCUCCGGGCCUGGCAGUCAUGAAGACAAUAGAUGAUUUGCUGCGGUGUGGAAUUUGCUUCGAGUAUUUCAACAUUGCAAUGAUAAUACCUCAGUGUUCACAUAACUACUGCUCUCUCUGUAUAAGAAAAUUUCUGUCCUAUAAAACUCAGUGUCCAACUUGUUGUGUGACUGUCACAGAGCCGGAUCUGAAAAAUAACCGCAUAUUAGAUGAACUGGUAAAAAGCUUGAAUUUUGCACGGAAUCAUCUAUUGCAGUUUGCUUUAGAGUCACCACCCAAAUCUCCUGCUUCUUCCUCUUCAAAGAAUCUUGCUGUCAAAGUAGAUACUCCUGUAGCCUCCAGACAGUCUUUAAAGCAGGGGAGCAGGUUAAUGGAUAAUUUCUUGAUCAGAGAAAUGAGUGGUUCUGCAUCAGAGUUGUUGAUAAAAGAAAAUAGAAACAAAUUCACCCCUCAAAAAGAGGCAAGCCCUGCUGCAAAGACCAAAGAGACACGUUCUGUAGAAGAGAUGGCUCCAGAUCCUUCAGAGGCUAAGCGUCCUGAGACACCCUCGACAUCCACUUUGAAACACGUUACUAAAGUGAAGUUUAGAGCACCUUUUAGGCAGAAACUCUUAGACAUCUUUGGUAUACCCAUACCACACACAGUGCAGAGAUUGGAUUGUCCUGUUUGUGGGGUUAAUAUUCCAGAAAGUCACAUUAAUAAGCAUUUAGACAGCUGUUUAUCACGCGAAGAGAAGAAGGAAAGCCUCAGAAGUUCUGUUCACAAAAGGAAACCGCUGCCCAAAACUGUAUAUAAUUUGCUCUCUGAUCGUGAUUUAAAGAAAAAGCUAAAAGAGCAUGGAUUAUCUAUUCAAGGAAAUAAACAACAGCUCAUUAAAAGGCACCAAGAAUUUGUACACAUGUACAAUGCCCAAUGCGAUGCUUUGCAUCCUAAAUCAGCUGCUGAAAUAGUUCAAGAAAUCGAAAAUAUGGAGAAGACUAGGAUGCGUCUUGAAGCUAGUAAACUCAAUGAAAGUGUAAUGGUUUUUACAAAGGACCAAACAGAAAAGGAAAUAGAUGAAAUUCACAGUAAAUAUCGUAAGAAACAUAAAUGUGAAUUUCAGCUUCUGGUGGAUCAGGCUAGAAAAGGAUACAAGAAAAUUGUUGGAAUGUCACAAAAAACAGUAACAAUAACAAAAGAAGAUGAAUCUACAGAAAAGCUAUCUUCUGUAUGCAUGGGACAGGAAGAUAAUAUGACCUCAGUAAUAAACCACUUUUCUCAAUCAAAGCUGGUAACAAACCACUUUUCUCAAUCAAAUCUGGACUCCCCAGAGGAAUUGGAACCUGACAGAGAAGAGGAUUCUUCUAGCUGUACUGAUAUUCAAGAAGCUCUUUCUUCACCAGAAUCAGAUUCAUGCAAUAGUUCCAGUUCAGACAUCAUAAGAGAUCUUUUAGAAGAAGAGGAAGCCUGGGAAGCAUCACAUAAAGACGAUCUUCAAGACACAGAAAUAAGUCCAAGACAGAAUCGCCGCACAAGAGCUGCUGAAAGUGCUGAGAUUGAACCAAGAAACAAGCGUAAUAGGAAUUAGUGUGGGCUUUUGCUGACUUUUCAAAUGCAGUGAUUAGAAUAAGGUACUUUUGGUUGCCACAGACAGAUUUCCUGUUUAUAAAUGCCCAAGGAAAGAUGCUAAAUUCUAAAUAUUAUGGUUAGCUGAUGUUCAUUCUUUUCUGCUUUUCCAGAGGGGAAAAAUAUUACAAAGUAUCGUACUUGGUCAGUUGCCUCCUUCCUCUAAAACAUCUCUAUCUAAAAGUACUGACAUUUUACACAAGCACCAGCUUUGCAGAGUAGGCAGGCUCUUUGGCACUUUGGCAGAGGGAUUUGGUUUGGUUUGGUAUGGUUUGGUUUGAUAUCUAAAUUUCAGAAUGUCCUUAGGCCAUUCUCCUUCUCUUCCCUGGAGAAUCCAACCUCACAAAAGGAUUCUUUCAACCUCUUUAUUACAAGAAACAGUUGAGUUAAAUGUUUAUGUUUUUGGAAAGGCAGGAUGUGAGUUCACAUCCUUGGUGUGUGUAAGUACCGAUGCAGGCCACCACCAUGCCUGUGGUACAGCAGCUCCAUGAUGGUUGUUGCCCGAGGUUAAUGUAGUUGUUUGUUAGACCUGUGUCUUGCACAUUUCUCAGAGUAAGAUAUUAGUAUUAUAAUUUAAAGCCACAACAGUCAGAAAGUCACAAUAACUUAGAAACAUUGCACAUAUUCUUCUGAAAUAGCACUUAAAAAUGAUUAGUGUAUUUUUUCACUUGGGUCAGUCAAAUCUGUAACACUGAAUCCAAGCUAUUAAACCAAAAAAAUAUGCAAUGAAUGAAUUUUGUAAAUGAAUAGAGUGUGUCAGUUUGCAAUAAUGUUCUUAAAAUAGGAUCCUCUGGAUAGCUGAGUAUGGGUUAGAAAUCAUUGAAAUGGAUUGGUCAGAAAUUGCUAUCUGUGUGUAAAAUGUCUACCAGUAGCCAGAUGCUUCCGGAGUUCAUAAUGCCUCUCUGGCAUUUCAGAGCCAGCAUUCCCCAACUCCCACCCCUCUGCCACCACCCAACCCAAACACAUCAUCUUUCAAAUGAGAUGACAGCAAAUGCGGCAAUGUUAAGACAAGAAAUUUGUGAUUUGCCAGGUUCAACAUUUAUGACCUCCCCAUUCCAAAGACUGUCUCCGUUGACCUUGGCUUUUUGAUGUGCUUUGGGGUUUCUGAUAAUGUGCAGAGUCUCAUUAUGGCUGAGAGUUUAGUGUUUUCACAGUGAAGUCCAGACAUUUGAUUUCUUUAUGAGUUCUUUGUGUUAGAAAUGACUAUAGAAAAAUUUGUCAUAAUAAUUUCAUUUGCUUGAAAUCCUUAAUGGUGCAUUAAGGAAACUAAAAGCACCACUUACCAAAUCUAUCAGCAGAACUGAUGUGAGGUAAGUGAGCAUGUCAAACAAAAUAGGGGCUCACAUGAAUAUAUUUAUGUCACUGAGUUGUCAGAAAUUAUGUCAAAAUGAAAACUGCUUGUUUCAUGACAAAUUACACAGUCUGUAAAUUAAACUGGAAGUAAUUACUACUUUAAUUGCAGCAAAAGGAGUUUGUGAGGGAGUGGUGAGACCCAGGACUGGGAAAGCAGGCACAUGAGUUCAUUCAGCAAAUAUUUAGUUAUCUACUUAGUUAUAUAGCUCUCACUGUACUGACACUGGGAAUACAAAGGUGGCCAAAGAUCAGCUAGAACAGUGGUUCCCAGUGGGGUGGGCAGAAAGAUUUUGCCCCCCCGGAGACAGCUGGCAAUGUGUGGAGACACUUUUGGAGGUGGAGGGUGGUGAAGGGUACUACCAGUAUCAAUGGGUGGAGGCCAGGGAUGGUGCUAAACAUCCAACCCUCACAUGUUAGUUUGCCAGGGCUGCCAUCACAAAAUACUACAGACUGGGAAGCUUAAACAACAAUUCUGGAGGCUGGAAGUCCAAGAUCAGUAGGGUUUCUUCUUCGGCCUCUCUCCUUGGCUUCCAGACAGUGGCCUUCUCCCGAUGUCCUUGCAUGGUCUUUUCUCUAUGUGCACAUGACUGUGCAGGACUGGUGUCCUGAUUUCUUGUAGGGACAGCAGUCAUUGGAUCAGGGCCCAUGCAUAUGGCCUCAUUUUACUUUAGUUACCUCUUUUUUAGAUAGAGGACCCUAUCUCUCAAUACCAUCACAUUCUGAGAUACUGACAGUUAAAACUUCCAACAUAUUUAGUGGCAGGGGUUGGGGGGCACACUUUAGCCCAAAACACUCCACAGUAAAGAAUUAUCCAGUCUAAAAUAUCAGUUGUGCUAAGAUUGAGAAACCUGUAAUGUAAAGGAACUCCCAA